AUGGUCGUCGCGCGAGAGAAGACUCCGCGCUUGGGGCUUGCGCUGCGAGCAGAGUACUCGAAAGGUCAAUCUACCGUGGGGCGCAAGGUCAAGACGGGCAAGGGCGCGACGUUCAAGGCGACGAUCUACACAAGGUUCGACGCGACCCGAGACGACAGCGUGGACUUGCUCCCGUUCGAACUGCCUCCACUGGAGCCUCCUCCGAAGAUGAGCCCGAUGCCAGGAGGGGCGGUUCGUUGUCACUGGGGCCGUUCCUCAUACAGCGCCGUGCUAUCACUGUGGCCGCUCCGCGUGAUCCUCGCCGUGCUGCCUCUGGAGCCGUUCUCCAUGCGGCACGUACACCACCCGUGCGACGACGUCGUGUAUGGCCAAGCUGGGCCGCUCAAGACGAUCGCGAAGACUGCGCUACACGACGAGAUCUGCGUCACUGAAGCUGCUCUUCACACGCUACGGUCCGCGUCACUGAGGCCGUUCCUCAUACGUUCCGACCGCAUCACUGAGGCCGUUCCUCACACGCCCCGACUCACGCUACUGAGGCCGUUCCUCACACGCCCCGACUCACGCUACUGA